UUAUUUAUUACCACUUUGGGAGUGGGGAAGUUGAAAAGGUACAAGGCAGUCGUCAGUCUGCCACCGAAGAAAUCGCAUCAUCGUUGUCUUCGCCGCACUCCAAUCCCUCAAAAUGUCUCUAGAUCAGAAAUUUGAAGCCGCAGCUCAAGCCGUCAAAGGUUUGACAAAACGGCCAACCGAUGAGGAGCUUUUAACUCUUUACGCGCUUUACAAACAAGCCAUCGAGGGCGAUAACAACACACCGAAACCUGGAUUGCUCGAUCUGAAGGGCAGAGCAAAAUGGAAUUCAUGGGACGCGAAACGAGGAACAUCAAAGGACGCGGCCAAAGAGGAAUACAUUACCUUCGCAGAAGGUUUAAUGGCAAAGUACAAAUAAAUUUUCAAUCUUGAAGGGAUAUUUUUCUUUAUAAAGCGUAAGAAUUUUGUGUACUUUUUUCUCGCAUAAUAUUCGAUACAAAUAAUAUAUUUCCAAAAUCAAGUGAUUUCACCAUA